AUGUCAGUUAAUAGAUUUUAUGGCUUCCUGGUUUGCUGGAAUGCUUGGUCACAUGUCCCAGCUGGAUCCCAGCGAGACUACAUCCCUCUGGCACUGGGGGGGACUAGCUGUGACGGCACAACAGAGCUGGCACUGCAGAGGACUAGCUUUGACGGCACAACAGAGCUGGCACUGCGGAGGACUAGCUGUGACGGCACAACAGAGCUGGCAUUGGGGAGGACUAGCUGUGACGGCACAACACAGCUGGCACUGGGGAGGACUAGCUGUGAUGCCACAACACAGCUGGCAUUGGGGAGGACUAGCUGUGACGCCACAACAGAGCUGGCAUUGGGGAGGACUAGCUGUGACGGCACAACAGAGCUGGCACUGCGGAGGACUAGCUGUGACACCACAACAGAGCUGGCACUGCGGAGGACUAGCUGUGACACCACAACAGAGCUGGCAUUGCGGAGGACUAGCUGUGACACCACAACAGAGCUGGCACUGGGGAGGACUAGCUGUGACGCCACAACAGAGCUGGCACUGCGGAGGACUAGCUGUGACGGCACAACAGAGCUGGCACUGCGGAGGACUAGCUGUGACGGCACAACACAGCUGGCACUGGGGAGGACUAGCUGUGACGCCACAACAGAGCUGGCAUUGGGGAGGACUAGCUGUGACGCCACAACAGAGCUGGCACUGGGGAGGACUAGCUGUGACACCACAACAGAGCUGGCACUGCAGAGGACUAGCUGUGACGGCACAACAGAGCUGGCAUUGGGGAGGACUAGCUGUGACGCCACAACAGAGCUGGCACUGGGGAGGACUAGCUUUGAUGCCACAACAGAGCUGGCAUUGGGGAGGACUAGCUGUGACGCCACAACAGAGCUGGCAUUGGGGAGGACUAGCUGUGACGCCACAACAGAUCUGGCACUGGGGAGGACUAGCUGUGACGGCACAACAGAGCUGGCACUGGGGAGGACUAGCUGUGACACCACAACAGAGCUGGCAUUGGGGAGGACUAGCUGUGACGCCACAACAGAGCCCAGACUCGGUUUAGUUUCACUGGGUUUCUAUACGUACUACUUGGGGAUUUGUAUAGCUUAAUGGUUAGAGCACUUCACUGCCCCCCCCCCUCCCGCAUUGUGUUUUGCUUGGGAUAAAAGCAUCUGUUAAAUAAAGACAAUAGAUUAACUAAUUCAGCGGUUUCCAUAAAUUCAGUAUUAAAGGGAUGCAUCGUUACUUGCUACCUUCCCUGUUGUUGUCACAGUGUUGUUGUCACGGUGUAGGGUGUUUGGGUUUUGUUGAAAACUUGACACACUAAUUCUGUCAUGAAGGAAUGCAGAGAGAGCAGGAUUAUUAAAGCUGAAUACCUCCAGGGCUCAGACAAUCACAACCCUUCAAGGGCAUGAGGUGGCCAAUCUGAUCUCUCAAGCUAAUACAGCAAUUGAAGGGGAAGGAAAAAUUGAAACCACAGGUGAAGAAAUAAAUGAUUCCCUCAUGCUAAUGACAAAAGCCUGAUGCCCAUAAGGAGAGCCUCUUUUUGCCCCAGGGAAGUCGCUUAAAAUAAUGAUAUAAAAUCAUAGCUUUCUCCUUGUUUGGAUGUUUGACGUUCCCAGGCAAUGGAAAAUGACAAGUCUAAACCUGGUCACGUCUUCUUUUUUCGCCCUGGACAAGAAAAUUGCCCUCCAUUACAUCCCACUAAGAAGUUUAGGCCGUGAAUCUCAGUGGCAAAUUAGCCGCCCUUUCUAAAGUGCAGGGAAACAUGUGGCACUGAUUAUAACGGUCUGGUCGCGGAUUAUUAAUCAAUGACUAUAAUUAUCCACCUACUAUAGCGGAAAAGGUCUGAAUGAAACUUUGUCUGUUACAUCAAUCUGUCAAGGAAAUUGUCUAUUUCUCAUGUAACACUUUUCUGUUUAUAGAGUAAUGAUCAAUCGAACAACAAACUUCUGGUUUAGAAAUUUAGCCAGCCCCUGUAUUAAUUAAACAUUAUAUUUUAGACUGUUGUUGCAACGUUCAAGAGUUACAGGUCACUUCUCUUCAAGUUUAGUGUCUCUUUUCUGUUUGUGCAAAGUUUGUAGAGACUGUAUGGCUUUUGUGUAUUUUAUGCAGUAUUUAUAGGAAAGCAGUUAUUAAACACAAAUGAACAAUAAUAUGAUGUUCGAAAUAACAGCCGUGACAGGGAAGUUAGUGACGUAAAGAAAACUAAACAGAGCAACACAGCAGUGUAUUCAGUCAUGAGUUUGCCUUCUCUCAUGGUUAGCUUGGACCUUCUUUAUGACCUAGGAGGCGUUCAUGGAUAGAUUUGGAGGUCUGUCUGGGAGAGAGAGUGCCCCUAAGGGGUGCUUAGCCAGACAAGAAGCUGUUUUCACUCUCCAAUUUCAUCUUAACUCUUUCACUCAGUUUGUUUUUUUUCCUCCCCGGGGCUGUUUCAGAUUGACAGUUCAAACCUUCUUUCUGCUGUUUAUUGUUUUGUUUUUCCUUUUUUACCCCUCCUUUUUUGGAAUCCCGUCAUUUGCCUUAAAUAAUGAAUACUGGAUGCCAACCCAGGGGGUGAGGGACAUUGCUUGUUUAUUUAUUGGUGUUGCUGUCAUUCGAAUCCCUUCCAUCCAUGUCUGUCAAUUACUGUGACUCACAAACCUCAGGGUGUUCUUCGAAAUAUGGGCUGAAAAAAAAUGACAAGAAAAACACAAACCUUUGCAGAGGUACAUUAUGGAUUCUGGCUAAGCGUGUUUGGCCUCUUUACUUUUAUUAGUACGAUUAUUUUCUGUACUCUUAUCUCUUUGAAGUAGUGGAGGAAAGCUAGGUUUGAUAUUGUGCAGCACGGUUAUUUUGUCUGAGAGUGACUAGUCCCUCUCCAGGAAAGGGGUAAGAGGUUCUCAUUGUGAUUCACACUGAACUGGUUUACCCCUCCAGCUUAUCUGCUGUGGGUUUAUAGAUUUCAGGCUUUGUAGUAUUGCCUCCACCCAGCCUCCUCUCACAGUCUGGAGACAGAGUGUUACCCAUGCAGCAUCAGAAUGCUUGCACUGCUUUGAUUACUCUCUAAUCUAACACCGAAGGGGGGUGGAACUUUUCUCUAACAGUUUGUAUUGGAUUUGAGACCUUUCUUUUCACCAUAGCCUGCCAUGGUUGCAUCACUGUGUAUUUCUGAGAUUUGUGUGUGCACAAACUGUUGCCCCAGCUGUAGCUAGCAGAUUGUUAGAUUUGUUUUGCUAUCUGGCGAACUGGUGAUUAGGAUCAGUUGAUAAUUGAAUUCAGUGUCAUGAAUCUAGACAUGGGCGUGAAACUGUUGAGAGUUUUGCUACUUAACUCUGUUUACCUGAGCCUCCUCAAGGUCGACUCAAUCAUCACAUCCCCUCAUCAGCAUCACCUACCUCCGCUUCGCACCAGAUGUGGACCUCGGAUAUUUACAGUAACUGCACCUGGACUAAUAAUGCUAAUCAUUAGCUGGUGAUAAAUUCCUCUCCCUGAUAUCAUGAGGAAUCUCUCCCGUGCCCUAUUUAAUCUGAGGGACUCGGCCGUCUGUUAGUCUCUCCCCGCUCGGCAAACACAGAUAAAUCACAGCAAAGUACCCACUAUUAGUAAGUGACACACAGCUCAUUCUGAUUAAAUUACCCCUGGAAACAUUAUCAUUCUGCCCUGUGCGUUUGUCAAGACGAUCUCCGCUCUGUUGGUGUGCCUGCCGAGGGCCGGACAACAGCCCAAACGGCUGAUUGGUGCAUGUUGCUGGUGUAGACAAGCUGAUUGGUGCAUGUUGGAGUCAGAUGGCUGAGCGGUUAGGGAAUCGGGC